AUGAGGUCAGCGUUCCUCACUCUGUGGACAGCGUUCCUCACUCUGAGGACAGCGUUCCUCACUCUGAGGACAGCGUUCCUCACUCUGAGGACAGCGUUCCUCACUCUGAGGACAUCGUUUCUCACUCUGAGUAAAGCGUUCCUCACUCUGAGGACAGCGUUCCUCACUCUGAUGACAGCGUUCCUCACUCUGAGGACAGCGUUCCUCACUAUGAGGACAGUGUUCCUCACUCUGAGGACAGCGUUCCUCACUCUGACGACAGCGUUCCUCACUCUGAGGACAGCGUUCCUCACUCUGAGCACAGCGUUUCUCACUAUGAGGUCAGCGUUCCUCUCUCUGUGGACAGCGUUCCUCACUCUGAGGACAGCGUUCCUCACUCUGAGGACAGCGUUGCUCACUCUGAGGACAGCGCUCCUCACUCUGAGGACAGCGUUCCUCACUCUGAGGACAGCGUUCCUUACUAUGAGGUCAGCGUUCCUCACUCUGUGGACAGCGUUAUAA